AUGGCUAAGGCUGAAAAAAAUUGUGAAAAUGCUAAGGCUAGUGAAAAUACUGUAAAGGCUAAGGCUGAAGAGAAGUGUGAAAAUUCUAGAGCUAGGGAAAAUACUGUAAAGGCUAAGGCUGAAAAGAAGUGUGAAAAUUCUAGGGCUAGUGAAAAGACUGUAAAGGCUAAGGUUGAAAAGAAGUGUGAACAUUGCUCAAAGGCAUUUUUAAUAGGCUCACAGCUAAUUAGACACAUCAGAAGCCAUACUAAGGAAAAGCCGCACGUCUGUGAACUGUGUUCAAAGGCAUUCACUCACGCUUCAAACUUAAAACAGCACAUGAGAAUCCACACUGGCGAAAAACCAUUUUUAUGUGAAUAUUGUUCAAUGACAUUUUCUCAAGCUUCGCGUCUCAAGUCACACAAAAGUGUCCACACUGGCGAGAAACACUUUUCUUGUGAAUAUUGUUCAAAGGCGUUUUGUACGUCUUCAAUGUUAAGGAGGCAUUUGAGAAUCCACACGGGCGAGAAGCCAUAUUUGUGUGAUUAUUGUUUCAAGGCGUUUUCUGACCAAUCAAACAUGACAAGACAUAUGAAAAGUCAUGCUGAUGAAAAAUGUGUACUUGAGUGA